AUGGAGCCGCGGGCUGCUGUUGGAGACAAGCCCAGCGAGCCCGAGCCCGCGGCUUCCUUCCAGGCCCGGCUCUGGAAGAACCUGCAGCUGGGCAGCAAAGCCAGGAGCGGCCGGUCCGGCGCGGAGCGCCGCACUGCAGAGCCCCAGCCCUCCGCCGCGCCUCCUCCGGGCGGCAGCAAGGGGGACCCGCUGCCCGGCGCCAGGUGGAGCGGCUUCAAGAGGCGGAAGCAGGUGCUGGACCGCGUCUUCUCCUCCUCCCAGCCCAACCUGUGCUGCUCCUCGGCCGAGCCGCUGGAGCCGGGCGGCGAGCCCGCCUCCGCCCUGCGCCGCCUUCGCGAGCACCUGCACCAUCAGGGCAAGGGGCAGCAGCCACCCGGCCGCCCUGACUGCUCUCCCGCCUCCUCCUCCGCCGUCUCCUCGCUCUCCUCCUCCCCGCUGCCUCCCGCUGCCCCAGCCCGCGCGGACAAGGCAGGAGGGGAGGAGGGACGCCGGCCCGCAGCACACCUGUCCCACCAGAAGAGCUCCUCUCUGCCCGGCACCACCUGCCUGGAGCAGUUACUGCAGGACGAGCCCAGCGCCGCGCGGAGCGAGGACGAGGGAGCCGAGGGCAGCGCGAGAACAAAUACAAUUGGAACUAGUAAUGCAGAUUUUCCCUUGGCUGAUACCGGAAUGUACCAGUUGGACAUUACAUUAAAAAGGGGUCAAAAUUUAGCAGCGCGGGAUCGUGGAGGGACCAGCGAUCCAUAUGUCAAGUUUAAAAUUGGAGGAAAAGAAGUGUUUAGAAGUAAAACUAUACACAAGAACCUCAAUCCUGUGUGGGAGGAAAAAACUUGCAUUCUUAUUGACCACCCUAGGGAACCAUUGUAUAUAAAGGUCUUUGAUUAUGAUUUUGGAUUUCAGGAUGACUUCAUUGGCUCAGCUUUUAUGGAUCUUGCGUCACUAGAAUUAAACAGACCAACAGAUAUCAACUUGACUUUGAAGGAUCCUCACUACCCUGACCAUGAUCUGGGAUCUAUAUUAUUAUCAGUUCUACUGGCUCCCAAAGAAGGACAGAGGGAAGUGACCAUGCUAAUGAGGAAGAGUUGGAAAAGAUCAAGUAAGUUUCAGCCCCAGAGUUUACGCCUGUCAGACAUGCACAGAAAAUCUCAGCUCUGGAGAGGAAUAGUCAGUAUCACUUUGAUAGAGGGAUGUGAACUGAAGCCCAUGGAUGCAAAUGGAUUGAGUGAUCCCUAUGUGAAAUUCCGGCUGGGCCAUCAGAAGUACAAGAGUAAGAUUGUGCCAAAAACGUUAAAUCCUCAGUGGAGGGAGCAAUUUGACUUUCAUCUCUAUGAAGAGCGAGGUGGAAUUAUUGAUAUUACUGUGUGGGACAAAGAUGCUGGCAAAAGGGAUGAUUUUAUUGGCAGGUGUCAGGUUGACCUGUCAGUCCUGAGUAGAGAACAAACUCACAAGCUGGAGUUGCAGCUGGAGGAAGGAGAAGGAUGGUUGGUACUGCUGGUCACCCUGACAGCAUCAGCUGCAGUCAGUAUCUCUGACCUCUCUGUCAAUUCCUUGGAGGACCAGAAAGAGCGAGAGGAAAUACUAAAGAGAUAUAGCACAAUGAGGAUGUUUCACAACAUGAAGGAUGUAGGAUUUCUACAGGUGAAGGUCAUCAGAGCAGAAGCAUUGAUGGCAGCUGAUGUCACAGGUAAAAGUGACCCAUUUUGUGUAGUUGAGUUGAACAAUGACAGACUGCUGACACAUACAGUCUACAAGAAUCUCAACCCUGAAUGGAACAAAGUCUUCACAUUCAAUAUUAAAGAUAUCCACUCAGUUCUUGAAGUGACAGUUUAUGACGAAGAUAGAGAUCGGAGUGCUGACUUUCUGGGCAAAGUUGCUAUACCGUUGCUGUCUAUUCAAAAUGGUGAACAGAAAGCCUACGUCUUGAAAAACAAGCAGCUGACAGGGCCAACAAAGGGGGUCAUCUAUCUUGAAAUAGAUGUGAUUUUUAAUGCUGUGAAAGCCAGCAUACGAACAUUAAUGCCCAAAGAACAGAAGUACAUUGAAGAGGAAAACAGACUGUCUAAACAGCUGCUAUUAAGGAACUUUAUCCGCAUGAAGCGUUGUGUCAUGGUGCUCAUAAAUGCUGCCUACUAUGUUAACAGUUGCUUUGACUGGGAUUCGCCCCAAAGGAGUCUGGCUGCUUUUGUGCUUUUUCUUUUUGUGGUUUGGAACUUUGAGCUCUACAUGAUUCCGCUUGCUUUGUUGUUACUGUUGGCAUGGAACUAUUUCUUGAUCCUAUCGGGGAAAGAUAACACGCAACAUGAUACAGUAGUGGAGGACAUGCUAGAGGACGAGGAAGAAGAGGAUGACAGAGAUGACAAGGAUAGUGAAAGAAAAGGAUUUAUGAAUAAACUCUAUGCCAUCCAGGAGGUGUGUGUCAGUGUCCAGAAUGUCCUUGAUGAAGUGGCUUCCUUUGGAGAAAGGAUAAAGAAUACAUUCAACUGGACUGUCCCAUUCUUAAGCUGGCUGGCAAUUGUUGCCCUCUGUGUGUUCACAGUCAUCCUGUAUUUCAUUCCACUGAGAUACAUUGUCCUUGUCUGGGGCAUCAAUAAAUUUACAAAGAAACUUCGCAGUCCAUAUGCAAUUGAUAACGAUGAGCUACUUGACUUCCUUUCCAGAGUUCCCUCAGAUGUACAAGUGGUGCACUACCAAGAACUGAAACAAGAUCCCAGUCACAGCCCAAAUAAGAGGAAGAGAAACAAUCCUGGCUAGCCAGCUUCAUCUCCUGAGGAGUCUAGCAUCUGCUGAGGGAAGAUAAAAGGAAAAGCCCAAAGCCUAGGCAGCAUUUCCUUUCUCUAAGCUUUUUAUUUAUUUUGCCUUUUUAUCACAGUGGAGAGAAUUUGUAAAUAUUGUACAAAGGCAUUUAUCAUUCAAAAUGUAUUUAGCAUUGUACAGAAAAAUUUGAUGAAGCCUUCAAAUAUGGGUUAUACUGUGGGGAAAGCCUGUGAUUCAUAACAUAACACAAUAAAAAUACCUAAUGUAAAAUAAGUGGUAGAUAUGUAAUAUCUUUUGAUAGUAGAAGGCACAUAAAACUAAAUUAAAUAUUCAAGUCAUGCUGAUUAAAUCUGCAAAAAUAUAAAUUUAAAUCUGAUUUGAAAAUGUAAGUGCAGUUUUAUUUGAACGUUAU